AUGGCCUUGCAGCGUCGGCGCCGCAAUGGCAGCUUGGUGAUCCUGGCCCUUGCCUUGCGCCAGCUGUGGGCCCGGCAGCUCGGCACCCUGGCUUCCGUGCUUUGCCCUUGGCGCCGCCUGCCCGGGUUCCCUGGACCCACCUCCCGGGUGGCUCGGCGCCAAGCGGCCUAUGACGAGUCCGCCGCCGGCGCCGUCCUCGGCGCGGCGGAGAUGCGGCGCGUGCAGCGGGCAGUGGAGACCAAGGCCUUGGAGGCGCUGGCGGUGGGGAAUUUGCCGCCGGGCCGGGAGCUGGAGCUGAUCUCGGCGCUGGAUUUGGGGACAGUGCCCUGGGGUCAGCUGCCCAUUCGCUUCAAGGAGACCGGGGCAUUGACUCCUUGGCGUUGA